GAAAUAAUAAUUCAGAUUUGAAAGAUAUUUGUUUAAUCCUUCAAAUUUCAAAAGAAGAAAUUAAAAGAAUUAUUCAAAAUUUACUAAACGAAUAUGGAGCUUUGAAAUUUAAUAUUAUUGUUGAAUGUACAUAUAUUAAACCGUUAACAGAGCAAACUCAGGAAACCGCUUUUAAAACAUCGAAUUUCACGGUUUUUCAUAGUGAUUCGUUGGAUGAUAUUUUAAGAAAUAUGAUUAGUAAAAUUUGUACAGAAGAAAAUGAAUAUUUGGGAAAAGGAAGUGGUUGGACACUUCGCUCGUUAGACGGAAUUUUGUUAAGAUUCAGCAAGUAUCGUCCGCUAGGCGGAUCUUCAUACAUACCACUUCCACAUUGUAUUGAAAAUAAAAAAGCUAUUAUUGAAAUAAAAAAUGUCGUAUUGACAACAGAUAUAUCGCUAAUUGUUAAUGUUUACGGAUUAAAUAAACAUCAAGAAAUUUAUCCACUCAAAGUAUGUGAUAAAGAGAAUGUAAAUCAUUUUGAUUUGCUAUUAAUUUCAAACGAUCAAGGAAACAAUCAUUAUUGUUAUAUAAAUAAUUUCUCUAGAUUAAUACGGUCUCAAGUGACAAAAUCAACGAGAAAAAUGCUAUUUUGUAAAAGGUGUUUCGCCCACUAUUCAGGACCAGAUAAAUUACAGAGACUAAAAAAUCAUAAACAGAAUUGUAAAAUUCAUAAACCGCUAAUAGCCAAAAUGCCGCCUCUUCAAAAUAAUGAUAGUCCAUCAAUUUUGAAAUUCACUAAUUUCUAUUUUAA